GUGGGAGACAGAGAGAAGUGGGGCGGUAGAGAGAGAUGGAAGCGCUGGAAGCCGUGCUACGGGCAAAGACGCUCGAGCAGAUCGAGAGGCUGGAGAGAAGGGUCGUCAGGUCAGGCCUGAGUAUCCUGAGAACGGGAAACUCCGUGCACACAUCCGGAUACCUUUUAUCUUUCUCCUUUUGGGUUACGCAGGGAUACGGAGGAGCAGGUGGCUCUGGGAGAGAAAAGAAAGGAGAUUGCUGAUUUGAAAAAGAGAGUUGAGGAUAUGACAAAGAGGAGAAACGAUUUGCAGCAGAAGUUGAAGCAUUUCCCGACGGACAGCCUGCGAGCCAAAGUCCUCAAAGACACUGUCGUGGAAGGUGUUCAUGCAACAGCUCUACCUCCACACCUCCAAGAAGAGAUCCUCGUGAAAGCUGCUCAGGACGAGGAGAAACGUCAACUUGAGUACCUGCUGGUGGCCCACCGCUGUGCCGGAACCACGGCACGGAUCCUGAAAAAGGGGCGUGUCCGGAUCCAGUUUGAGACCACGUACAGAGGAGAGUAUUUCGAGCCGUUCUAUCUGGAGCUAGAGUUCACUGGCAAAGAGAUAGAGUAUCGGUGGCAUACUCUGCCAGCAUUCAUCCCACUCUCCGGACUCACAGCAAAAUACAACGAUGGAGAAAUACAGUUCAGAGUCUUGCUGUGUAUGCUGCACUCGUACGUCAGUGCAUUUGUACAGAGACGACAACAGACUAUGGAACUGAGUGGGAAGUAUGCAGAGUACCUGGGUGAAGAAAUAUCCUCACUUUAUGCCUACAACUUCAUCCAGCUAGUCCUGAACAUUCCGGCUAAAGGAUCGGGAGGCAGAACGGAGCUGGUGGUCCACCUCUACUACAAGGAACUACAGUCUGAUCUUCCUACUAGAGUCAGAUGCAGCGACCCCGGGGACCUCCCAGUGCAUAGAGGGAGGAUCAAGCAGGCGUUUCUGACCCUUCCUCUCGCAGAGGCCUUCCAGAAUCUGUUCCUGGAUCAGAACAUAGAGCAGGGAUAACCCCGCCACUGUACAACACCAGCUCCUUGAAACAACACACACACACUUCAAACACACACAAAUCAAUCUGCACCUGUAUAAUAUAAUAGUCACACCAUUUUCCAUGAAAAUAGCCUCAGGCACUCAUUUCUGACACACAAAAUCAAUGAUGUUUU